GAGAGAAGAAUGGCUUGUGUGGUUGUACUUUCUCUUAUGAGGACACUUGAGCUUGAGUUCAUGCAACCUCUCCCUCGUCCAAUUCUACAACAAAAGGAACUCAUCCCUUGCAACAAAGACUUGGUCCUAUCUCUCCACAAGAAGCUUGGAUCUCUGAUGGAACUAUUCGAUGAGAACAGAAUAGAUGGUGUUGAAACAAUAAAAGACUUGGAAACAAAGCUCAGAGAUGUAGCUUUCAGGAUUGAGGAUGAAAUUGAACUCCAAGUAGUACAUCUUUAUGAGGAAGAAGAAGACGAAUUCAGAAUUUUUGCAGGAAUUUUUGAUAUUUUUGACAGAUUUGUGGAUCAGACAUUUCAGCCACGGGAAAAUCACAUUUAUGUGGAAAUGUCACAUGGUGAGAAAAGCACUCGUCAUCGCCAAAGCCUUCAUCAGACAAGUACUCAGCAUUGCCAGAGGCUUCAUCAAAUUUUGCACCGAGCUGUACAAGACAUUGAUGCCAUCACUGAAGAGUUGGCAAAAGCCAAGGAGGAGUACCAGCUUUUCAAACAUCAUCUACAAGGAGGAACAAAGGUUAAUGUUUUACCAAUACCUACUUAUCAAGUUAUCUCCAUGCCUGAUUCUUCCCACCAUGCUUCACGCUCCAAAGAAAUAAUGGUAGGAAAACAGGAUGAAUUCGAUAUUAUAAAGGAGAUGCUAAUCCAACAUCCAUCUAAGCAAUUAGAAAUUGUCUCCAUUAAAGGUAUGAGAGGUAUUGGUAAGACAACAUUAGCUAGGCAAAUUUAUGAAGAUUCAUCAAUCACCUCCUACUUUGAUAAGCAAGCAUGGGUUGUUACAUCACAACAUCACAAUAAGAGGCAAAUGCUCUGCGGUCUUCUUGGUUCCAAACACCAUAAUGCAGGCAAUAGCAGUAAUGAGGACCUAGCAUUACGACUCUACCAAAGUUUCAAGUGUCAAAGGUACUUGGUUGUGAUGGAUGACGUAUGGAGCGAAGAGGCAUGGGAUGCUAUCAAAACUUGCUUUCCCGAUGAUGGAAAUGGUAGUCGAGUAUUGGUGACUACUCGCCUUGCUAAGGUGGCUAAUCAUAUCUGCACUCAAAAUGACUUUUCUCAUCAAAUGCAAUUGUUAGAACAAAGUGAGAGUUGGAAACUAUUUAAUGAAAAGGCAUGUAAAUCUCGCGGUGCUGAAUUUGAAAUGAUUGGGAGACCGGUUGUUGAAAAAUGCAAAGGACUGCCUUUGGCAAUUAUUGUGGUUGCAGGCCUUUUUUCCAAACUCAACACUCUAGAUGAGUGGAAGAAUACUGCCAAUGCUCUACGUUCUUCUUCUGCAACUACUCUAGAUGAUGAAGAAUGUUCGAGAAUACUCUCAUUGACUUACAAUCAUUUGCCCCACAACUUGAAAGCUUGUCUUUUAUAUUUGGGAGUUUUUCCAGAAGAUCACAAGAUCAAUGCUAAUAAACUUGCAAAGUUAUGGCUUGCGGAAGGACUCGUAAAGGCAUUUGAGAAUGAAAGCUUUGGUGCAGUGGCUAAUAGGUACAUGCAAGAACUUAUGGAUAGAAACCUAAUAAUUUUAAGCGAGCUAAGCUCUUGUAGAAGAAAAAUUAAGAGGUUUAGGAUGCAUGAUUUACUGCAUGCCUUUUGUAUGAGAGAAGCUCAAAACGAGAACCUUUUGCAUGUUGUCCAGAGUGAAAAUAGUUCUUAUUUUUCUCAGAAAGGUUUUCGCUGGGUAAGCAUCCAAUAUGAAGAUUUUAACAUGUCUACAAUACAACAUUAUACCUUGAAAAGCUAUAGAUCAUUCUUCAGUUUUUUGUGGGGGAAAUCAUUUUCAAAUUUUAUAAAUAGCAAUCUACUGAGAGUACUCUUCUGCUAUUUUACACGUAUGAAACACAAAAAUAUUGUGGAUAGUGUCCAUUUGAGAUUCCUAGGAGUUCCAAAUAGUAUAGAACUAUCUAUGGCCCAAGGAUUCCUAAAGUCAAGACGUGGAGAGAGUAUAGAAUUGUCAAGGUCUUGGAAUCUUCAAACACUUCAUUCUCAUGGAAAAGUAAUAUAUAGAUUAGAUGAAGGAAGGAAGUAUUUGGAGUUUCCACAACUACACUAUAUUAGUUGUGGAAACUAUUUUUGUGGAAAUCCUCCCAAUUUUGUUCAUAAACUUGAUGGGAUAGGAGCUGAUAAUUGCUCAAAAGAAUACAUUACCAAUAUUCCAUGCUUGAAGAAGGUACGUAUUAAAGGUGAAGACAAAGAGAUUAAUGCCUGCAUUGCGAACUUAGCCUACUUAGAGCAACUCGAGAGACUUUGGGUUUCAUGUUGGUUUGGAACAAAUACUCCAAUUAAUAAUGAUAUUGUUCUCUUGAAAAACCUUAGGAAGUUGAAAUUAUAUGGUAUGAGAUUUGAGUGGGAGAAAAUUACUCUUCUUAGCAAGUUGCCUAGGGUAGAGGUGCUCAAGUUACUAUACAUGUCAUGCGUAGGCAAAGAAUGGGAAAUACAAGACGAAGUAAUAUUUGCCAGUUAA